UUAAAGUUCUUGCAAAUUAACCAAUUUUGAAGGUUCAUACUCUCAACAAUAGCAUAUGUAAGAGAUCAAGAAUGAAAAUUCAGGCAUUCAACCAGCAAGGCUACCAUUAGAAGAGAAGACUGCUUUGAAUUUACAGCUUCGUCUCUAAAAGUCUCAUAUUUUUAACUGUCACAGUAUUUUUAAGGGGAAAAUAAUUCAAAUACCCCAAACUUGCAUAUGUAAUACAAAUAUCCCGAACUUUAUAUAAAAAGUUACUCCCUCCGUCCCAAAAUGAUGGUCCUGUAUUUCCUUUUUGGGAUGUCCCAAAAUGAUGAUCUUGUUUUCCUUUUUGGUAAAGAACUAAAAGUGGAUUACCAUUUAUACCCCUCCUUUUUAAUGAAUAGUAAAAGUAAAAGGAUGAACCGUACAAUAAAGUAAGGUUAUUUAGUCUUUCUACCACACUUUAUUAAUCUUUGUGCCCAAAAGAAACAAGACCAUCAAAUUGGGACGGAGGGAGUAUGUUAGUAAUAGUUUAUAUAAUUUAGGAAACUUUGUGUCUUUUGGAAACUCUCGUUUAAUAUAAAUAUACCUUCCAGGACUCCUAUUGGAGUACCUCUUUCCCAUUAUUUCACAUGGUAUCAAGAGCCCAAACCUAAUUUUUUUUUUCUCUCGAUCCUUACUAUCGGACGAUGGCUUCGUCCGCCUCCUUCUCCACCGCUAUGGCUUCGGCUGCCAUGAGCUUGGCCGUUUCUUCUGCCCCGGAAUCCUCUUCAACAUCAAUCCUCCAACCAAGUGUGGUCUUCACCUCCUCCGCUGCACAUCUAUCUCCUACAUCCGGUUCUCCCUUGUUGCGGCCGGCCUCUUCCCUUCUCUUCACCAAUUUUCCUCCACCACCAACUUUUUCCAUAGCUGACAAUUCCCCUUAUGUUUCUACCAGGCCAUCUAUUUUUCCGGAACAUCAACCAGUUUUCCAGCCGCAGGCAUCGAUUCAGCCGCAGCAACCGGUCUUCUCCAGCCCUCAAGUCCCGGCUUCCUCGUUUUUUGGCUCCACCUUCUCCGGCUCUCCGGGUGUGAUUCGUCCAGAUGAUCAACCAGGUCAUUCCUCUCCAAUGGCAGCCCUUGCCCAAUCUGUGGCGCAUAUCACCACGGUCUCUCAAAUUGUCACCAUUAAAUUGAAAGCUGUCGAAGAUUAUCUCACCUGGCGCACACAGUUCGAAUCCUUCUUGGUAUCUCAAGGAUUGUUUGGCAUGGUGGAUGGCUCAAUUCAGGUACCCUCCAUGUAUAACUUUGAUUAUCUAAAUCGCCCAGUUCCAAACACAGAAUAUCAUUAUUGGCUCCGAGUAGAUCAAACAAUAAGAUGUUGGUUGUUUGCUACUCUAACUCGGGAUGUGUUAGUUGAUGUUCAUGAUCUGAAACACUCAGCUGCUAUCUGGGCUAGACUACAGACUAGAUUUAUGUCUGCCAGUUUACCCCGAUGCAUGGAACUUAAGCGAUUAUUGUCCAAUGUCAAGAAGAAAGAAACCCAAUCCAUGGAAGCUUAUUUACGGGAAAUCAAGAAUUUAGUUGAUGCUCUAGCCGCUAUUAAUUCUCCUGUUUCGCAUAAAGAGUUACUUCAGUCUGUUUUGGCUGGUUUGGGUCCAGACUACAAGCCUCUUGCCACUACUGUAUCUCUAUUUCCCGAAAACUUUCCCUUUGACAUUCUUGAACCCCGUCUCCUUGAAGCCGAACAACAAAUUUUAUCUGAACGUCAACAACACGCAGCUAUUAGUCAUCAAGCUUUUGCAGUCGCUGCUAAUGGGGGGCAGCAGCCGGCGGGCUAUGCAGCUCGCGGCAGGGGAGGCCGCGGCAGGGGACGAGGAGGCCGCCAGGGUCGUGGUCGUGGCCGAGGGCCACCACACCAGCCCUAUGGUUACCAGGCAGCACCGUUUUUCGGUGCACAGCAGCCGGCAGGAGCACCGCCAUCUCACGGUGGUCAUCCAGCAGUUCCUGGCAUCGGCCAGCAGGGGCUCGGUCAGCCUGGAACUAAUCAGCAGCAAGCUUAUUUUCAGGGGGUGCAAUCUUCUCGUCCAAACACUUCAGGUUCUGCAUGUAAUUCUGUUUUGUCAACUUUAAAUAUUAAUCCCUGCUUUACUUAUUGUACUAACGCUAGCUCUGCAGGCUUCCCAUCGGGUGAGGGAAUUCUUGGUUCUGUUCCACCGCCUGUUGUCUGUCAGCUUUGUUUCUCUGCAGGUCACUCUGCUCUUCAGUGUCCAUCCCGGUAUGCUCCGCCAUCUGCGCCAGCUUUGCUGACCUCCAAUGGAGAAUCAAACUCUGCUUUAUGGUAUCCUGACUCUGGAGCUUCGGCUCACAUGACUCCUACGGAAGGACAAACUUUCGGGGACGGUCCUUCUGCAAGCUCCUAGUCAUGGUCAUCUUUAUCCAGUCAGCCUCAGUCCUCAGACACCGCUUGCUUUGUCUUCCCUUGCUUCAUCUGGCUCGAUUUGGCAUCGUAGAUUAGGCCAUUGUGGCACUUCUAUUUUACGUACUUUACAUAGUCAGCAUCAUACUAGUAGUAUAUCUCCCUUUUCCCAUGACUGUAUUUCUUGCCGUUUAGGCAAAUCUCAACAUCUACCCUUUCUGGAUGCUACUCAUAAUACUACUAUGCCCUUACAAUUAAUUCAUUCGGAUGUUUGGCAGUCUCCUGUUUUAUCUAAUUUGGGUUUUAAAAAUUAUGUGUGCUUUAUUGAUGAUUUUUCUCGCUAUAUCUGGUUGUAUCCCAUGCACACAAAGGCGGAAGUGUUUCAUCAUUUUAAAAAUUUUAAAGCCUUGGUUGAAAACCUUUUUAAUACUACAAUUAAAAUUUUUCAAAGUGAUGGAGGGGGUGAAUUUGUUAAUUCUAAUAUGCAGCAAUUUUUUGAUAUCCAUGGAAUAUAUUUUCGAAAAUCUUGUCCUGACACGCCCCAACAAAACGGGGUUGCUGAACGUAAACAUCGACAUCUGCUAGAACUCACUAGGACUAUGCUACUUGAAUCAUCUAUUCCUAGUCAAUUCUGGGUAGAUGCUAUUUUUACGGCUUCAUAUAUUAUUAAUCGUUUACCUUCUCCGUUACUGGGUAACUCUUCUCCCUAUGAAAAACUUUUCCAAAAAGUCCCUGACUAUGCCUUUAUGCGUGUGUUUGGUUGCUCAUGUUUUCCAAACAUUUCAGCCUCUUCUGCAAACAAGCUUUCAGCUCGUUCUGUUCAUUGUGUUUUUCUUGGCUAUGCAUCUGGUUAUAAAGGGUAUCGUUGUCUUGAACCUAAAUCCGGUAGAAUAUAUGUCAGUCGUCAUGUUAGGUUCAUUGAACAUAGUUUUCCCUUUACCUCCCUAACCUCUUCUUCUUCUGACUUAUCCUCCCCUCCCCUUGAUAAUAUUCAAUUCACCCUUACCAAUAUCAUUCGACCUUCCUCAGCUACCUCCCUUCCUAUCCAUCCAACUCCUCCUUCUGUCAACCCAACGACCUCAGCACCCUCCUCGGCCAAUUUUCCGUCAACCCCAUCCUCGGUACCUUCCUCGGUCAGCUCCCAGUCCGCCCCACCCUUAGUCAAUUCCCAAACUUCACCUUCGGUCAUCUCAAACACCAACCAGACCCCUACUCCCUUCAGCCCAGGUUCGGCCGACACCCUACCCAACUCUCCGACCAGCCCCUUCCCAUUAGUUCAUCCUCCGCCUAGUCCACAGUCCUCGGCUGUUCUGUCUUCUCCUCCCAUCACCACAGUUGGUCCCCGAUUUAAUGUUCAUCACAUGCAAACUCGGGCUAAGUCCGGUAUUUUUAAACCCAAAUCAAUUUUUACGUUAAACACAGUGGUUAGUGCAGUUGAUCCUACUUGCUUUUCUGAGGCACAAAAACAUUUAAUUUGGCGUGAGGCUAUGGCAGAUGAAUUUAAUGCGCUUAUUUCCAAUAAUACCUGGGAUUUAGUUCCAUUUGACAGUUCUAAGAAUGUGGUUGGGUCUAAAUGGAUUUAUAAAACUAAAUUUCACUCUGAUGGGUCGAUAGAGCGUCAUAAAGCACGUUUGGUAGCUCAGGGGUAUAAUCAGCAGGCUGGUGUAGAUUUUUCUGAGACGUUUAGUCCUGUUGUUAAACCCACCACUGUUCGUAUCGUUCUUACUCUUGCUAUCUCUUUUGGGUGGGUUAUGCGUCAGUUGGAUGUUAAAAAUGCAUUUCUUCAUGGUCAUCUUACAGAGGAGGUCUAUAUGCGUCAACCGCAGGGUUUUAUUCAUCCCCAGUUUCCUCAUCAUGUGUGUCGUUUGCGCAAAGCCAUAUAUGGUCUCAAACAGGCCCCGCGGGCGUGGUUCCAUCGUUUUAGUAGUUUCUUACUUACUCAUAAUUUUGUGUGUAGUAAGUCAGAUAAUUCUCUGUUUAUUUACCGUCACGGUCAGUCAGUUAUGUAUUUAUUAUUAUAUGUGGAUGAUAUUAUUAUUACUGGCAAUUCUCCAUCUCUUGUGUCUUCUUUUAUUACCUGUAUUGCUUCUCACUUCGCAAUGAAAGAUCUCGGUGAUCUUCAUUAUUUUUUGGGAGUCCAGGCUGUUCGAAAUUCUAAAGGAGUGUUUUUGUCUCAACAAAAAUAUGUUUCUGAUCUUCUUCUUCGUUUUCACUUACACACUCUCAAGUCUGUUCGCACCCCAGUCGCCACUCGUACAUCUCUCUCUCUCACUGAUGGUGAACUUCUUGCUGAUGCUACGGAGUAUCGUAGUAUGGUAGGUGCAUUACAAUAUUUAACUUUGACAAGACCUGAUAUUACUUAUGCAGUUCAUUUAGUGUCUCAGUUUAUGCAUGCCCCACGCACCACUCACAUGCUUGCUGUCAAGCGCAUAUUCCGUUAUUUACAGGGUACACUUGAUCAUGGAUUGUGGCUUCAGAAAUCUGUCCGCUCUUUGUGUCUGGUGGCAUAUUCGGAUGCUGAUUGGGCAGGCUGUCCAGAUACUUCUCGCUCUACCACAGGUUUUGCUAUUUUUCUAGGUCCUAACCUUGUGUCUUGGAAGUCCAAGAAGCAACCUACAGUGUCCAAGUCUUCCACAGAGGCAGAAUACCGAGCCAUUGCAUACACAGUACAGGACACACUCCACAUACGUUCGGUCCUAUUUGAGCUCGGCUACCCUAUCCGUGAUCCUGUGCAGUUAUUUUGUGACAACAUCUCAGCUUCCUACUUAACUGCUAAUCCAGUUCAGCAUGCUCGCAGCAAGCAUAUUCAGAUUGAUUAUCACUUUGUUCGUGAGAGAGUUGCUCAUGGCGAUUUAUUCGUGAAAUAUGUUCCCACACACUUGCAGCUUGCGGAUAUAUUCACUAAGGCAUUGUCUAGUCAACAGUUUAAUUUUUUAAAAGACAACCUGCGCGUUGUAUCUCCCGCACAGCUUGAGGGGGUGUAAUAGUUUAUAUAAUUUAGGAAACUUUG